GCAUCCUUAUCCUAAUCUGACACAUAUACUAUAAUGAAGCAUUGCUUUUCUGCUAGGGUCUUUUCUAUAGGCUAUUCUGCUCUCAUUAUUGUUCAGAUAUCAGGGCGAAAGGCGAGAUAUAAAAAAAGAAUGAAAGAGGGGAAAAAGAAAGGAGAAAUAAAAAAAAAUGGGUGAAGAAAUGAAAUCGCAUUCUUAUUUAAGGUCAGGUGUUCAACGGUGAGGAGCGCAUGAGCGCCUCUCCCCCUCCUUCACUUUUAGUCUAUCAGUCUUUGAUCCCAGGUUUUGGAAAACUGCAGCUGCUGGCUGCUCCCUCCUACCACGCUGAACAAACGCUAUAUUCAUCUGCACUAGUCGUCUGCAGCUUGAACUCCCCCGAAGGAACUUCUGGGUACUUUUUCAUCGCAACGGAACGUGCGUAUUCAAUAUUACUUGUGCCAAUGCAUAACGCAGACAGGCACACUGCCUGGUCCUUUAAGCCAACAAUGUGGAAGAUCUGCAGCGUCUAUUGCGCAUGGGGUCUGCUGCUAUUGACCGGGAUCCGCGCUCAAUCUCAAAGAAGACAGGUUUUUACAUGUGGUGGGAACAUAACGGGAGAGUCCGGUGUUAUCGGUAGCCAGGGGUAUCCGGGAGUGUACCCACCCAAUACAAAAUGUGUCUGGAGAAUUACUGUUCCUGAGGGCAAAGUUGUUGUCUUCUCCUUCCGCUUCAUCGACCUGGAGAAUGACAACCUCUGUCGCUACGACUACGUGGACGUUUACAGCGGGCAUGCUAGUGGACAGCGCCUCGGACGUUUCUGCGGGACUUUCAGACCUGGCGCCCUCGUCUCCACGGGCAACAAGAUGCUCAUCCAGAUGGUAUCUGAUGCAAACACAGCUGGGAGUGGCUUCCUGGCAGUGUACUCCGCCGCACACCCACAUGAACGAGGAGAGCAGUACUGUGGGGGUCGACUGGUGAAACCAUCUGGAAGUUUUAAGACUCCAAACUGGCCAGAAAAAGAUUACCCAGCUGGAGUCACUUGUUCAUGGCACAUCGUGGCACCUAAGAAUCAGAUAAUCGAGUUGAAGUUUGAGAAGUUUGAUUUGGAGAGGGACAACUACUGCCGCUAUGACUAUGUGGCAAUCUUCAACGGCGGAGAGAUCAAUGAUGCGAGAAGGAUCGGUAAAUACUGUGGGGAUAGCCCUCCUGCUCCUGUGUACUCUGAUGGGAACCAGCUGCUCAUUCAGUUCCUUUCAGACCUGAGUUUGACAGCAGAUGGAUUUAUUGGGCACUAUAAGUUCAGGCCCAAGAAGUUCCCCACCACCACGGUGCCACCAACCACCACCACACAACCAGUGACAACAAGACCCAUACCUUUGAAGUACUCCGCAGCGCUCUGUCAGCAGAAAUGCAAGAGGAAGGGAACCCCCGAAAGCCAUUACUGUUCCAGCAACUUCGUUGUCACGGGAACAGUCAUCACUGCGGUAACGCGUGGGGGGAGCAUGUACGCCACCAUCUCCAUCAUCAACGUCUACAAAGAGGGCAACCUGGCCAUUCAGCAGGCCGGCCGGACCAUGAGCACCAAGAUCAUCAUCCUGUGUAAGAAGUGCCCGUUUGUCAAACGAGGCCUGAGCUACAUCUUCAUGGGCGAGGUGGAUGACGACGGCCGCGGCAAGAUCGCCCCACAGCAUUUCGUCAUGGGCUUCAAGGCCAAGAACCAGCGAGCCUUCAACGCGCUGAAGACCAAACGCUGCUGAGGACCGCCAUUUUCCUCUGCCUCUUCCCCCUUUCCGUUCCCAACACUGCCCGCGAGCGCCCUCCCCCACCCCCCUCCCACGCCCGCCGUUGUGCGGUUCAUGCCGACUGGUCAUCAUCCAGCAUGUCAAAGCUCCCAUCCAAUGCUCUUCCUGGGACCCAGAGGACUGUUUCGAAGCCCUCUGAAUGGAAUCAGAGCGUUCAUUUAACUUCUCUUUUGUUGUUUGACUCUGUCCUGCCAUCUCCUGUAAUGAUUGUUGGAGUUUGGAGAACAGCAGGACCAGUGGUUUAAAAUUAGGGUGUAAAAAAGAGGACAAGAGAAAGACUGAUGGGGGAGGAUCUUCCGGGAGAAACGAGUGAGAUGUGGGUAGAGUUUUAUGCUGACACACUGUUUACAAGAUACUCUUGAUUCGUUGAGUUCGGAUGGGGUGCAUCUUAUGUGGUGACACAAGUGCAAUAACUUUGUAGCAUUCUUUUGCAACGAUAUGGCAUCAUAUAAGAAUAAUGCUUGACUCUGUUGUUUGUUGCCCGAGUCUUUUAAGUCUUUCAUCAUGAAUGAAAAAGCACUCUUUUUUGGUUUUGUUUUUUGUUUUUUUGACCAGCUUGUUUUUUUCCCUCCAUCAAAAAUGAAAAUGUUUAUAAUGAUAGGGCCAAUAUAAAAUAAGCAAAAUGAGAUAUUUUCAUAUGAAACAGUUCUUAGUCAUAUGUUAACUUAUAUUUUAUUGUUUUGUGAGAGAAUAAUAAAAGUCAUGAUCGAA